AUGAUUGAUAUACACUCUCUUAAAAUUGAUUUUAUUAAUUUAAAAUCAAUUUCUCUAAGCUAUCAAAAGAUUAUGGGGUGUUGUUAAGAUAGACCUAAUAUUACUCUCAAAGCCAAUGAACUGAGACCCUUGAUUAAAGCUCCCUCUCUUAUUCUUACUCAAAGAGCUCAAGUUAUGGAGCCUAUGAGAAUCUCCAUUAUUGGAGACGUUGAUAAAAUGGAUUUUAUGGAUGAAUUCCCAUAACCUAUACCUUCAAUCACUUAAAUUGAUUCUAAAUUCCCAACUAAAUAAAUAUCAUCUCGUGAAUUAAGGGAAACUAAGGAAUUGGUAUUUGAUUUAUUUACUAUCGUUUUAGAAAUUUACAUAAAUUUCAGAAACCAUUAUAAUUGAUAUGAGAUCAGGUACACAUCUCUAAAGUCCACUCAAACCAGUAUUAGAGAGAAAUUCCAGCAAAAACUUAAAUUAAAAAUUCAUAGACAUGCUUUGA